UGCUUGAGCUGUACAGCUAUAUCUAAGAUAAUUAGCUUGAGAUGUGAUAGCUUUCUUGUUGCCCACCAUAAUGGGGUUAUCAGAACACACUGUUUUAUCAAUUAAAGAGCUUAAAUGCCGUUUUUGUGUUGGGUUGGACUCUCAAACACGUAGCAGCCUCUUUAGGAAUGCACAUUUUCAGAUGUAAACUACAGACAAUAGAAGGAAAUAGGAAGCCCCCUGAGCAACGGCCAGGCAUCCAGAAGUUUCCCACAAUGCUAAUGUCUGAAGAGAAGCCGCAGAGCUUGUCUAAGUAUACAACUCAGGCCCGGAGCAACGCAUUUCGGCCACGAGGGAACUGGAAAAUAUAUAUCUGAAGUAAUGGCUGAAGCAAUACCACUGCGAGAAAAGAAACAGAAAACUCUUCCUCGGUCGGAUGGGUGCGGUCUGAAUAGCUUUGACGGUCUGGAUCUCUCUGGAGGGUUGAGGAUAGUCCUCGUGGGAAAGACUGGAUCCGGCAAGAGUGCGUCAGGAAACACCAUCCUCGGAAGGGCCGCAUUCAAAGAGGAUCCGAGCUCCGUGUCUGUGACCACACACUGUGAGACACAGAGCGGGGACGUGGACGGCACCAUGGUCCAGGUGAUCGACACUCCGGGUCUCUUUGAUACGGCCAUCACAGAGGAAGAGUUGAAAACCCGAAUAGAGGAGUGCGUCACGAUGUCGGUUCCCGGCCCUCACGCCUUCCUGCUGGUGAUCAGGCUCGGGGUGCGGUUCACCGAGGAGGAAAGAAACGCUGUGAAGUGGAUCCAGGACAACUUCGGAGACGAUGCCUCCAUGUACACUAUCAUGCUGUUCACCUGCAAAGAUCAGGCCAAAGCUGACAAUGCUCUGAAGGAGUGCAAGGAGCUGCGGAGACUCUCCAUCACAUUCGGACGCAGGUACCACGCCUUCAACAACAACGACGCAGAGGACCGGGUGCAGGUCGCAGAGCUGAUCACCAUGAUCAAGGAAAUGAUACAGGACAACGGUGGGAAGCAUUACACCAAUGAGAUGUACGAAAAGGCCCAGAGGAAGCUGAAAGAAGAGGAGGAGCGCAGGAAACAAGAGGAGGAAGAGAAGAAAGAAGAGGAGAAGAAAAUGUGGGAUGAAGAGAGGGAGAAGAAAGAAAAAGAGAGAGAAAAGGAGAAAAAGCUCAAAAGGAAGAACCUGUGCGUGGCCUCGGCCGCUGCGGUUUUGUUGCUGGUCGCCGGGGUGAUUGUAGCCGUGGGAGCCGACACCACGGUGGCUUUGGCUUUAGGAGCCCCUGUGCUUGUCUUGGGGGUGCUUUGUGGUUUAGCAGCCUUUUGCUUAUGGAAGGGCAUAAGAUGCAAAACCAAAUGUCCCAGUAUGACAAUGUGCUAGGCGAGUGAUAAGGACAUCUGCAGUAUGUGACCCUGGAUGUACUGUGGAAGUAUUGCACACAUUGCUAAUUACUGUCUUGUUAUGGCCUUUUCUGAUUUCCCCUUCCAGAAUUGUCAGGAUUUAACACAAAGUUGCAACAACAAGUACUUGAUUUUGAUGCUGGCAGUAAACAAACGGUAUGAAAUGCAUUUUGUUUUUGUUUUCUUUUCACUCAUUCAUUGUUUGGAGCUUACACAUGAAUCAUGAUUUCAAAUAAACAGUUACAGUUACAAUGUA